CAGGUACCCGAGGGUGCCCUGGACCAGCGUGGCCACCGCCUCCUCGCCCGCCGGGGCCAGCCUCGACGCGCCGAAGUCGGACACCUUGGCCGCGAGGUCGCCGUCGAGGAGGAUGUUUGCGGACUUGACGUCGCGGUGGAGGAUCGGCGGCGACGCCGACGAGUGCAUGUACGCGAGCGCGUCCGCGGACUCGGCCGCGAUGCGGAGGCGCGCGCCGGGUGGCAGAUUCAGCUUGGCCUCGCCACCGCCGCCGCCGCCGUCGCCAUCGCCGUGGAUGUACGCGUGGAGGCUGCCGUUCGGGACGUACUCGUAGACCAGCAUGGGCACCUCGACCUCGAGGCAACAGCCAAGCAGCUUGACCACGUUGCGGUGGUUGAUCUGGGAGAGGAUCAGCAUCUCCCUGGCGAACUCCUUCACCUGCCUCGCGUCGACCACUCUCGACUUCUUCACCGCCACGGCGGAGCCGUCGGCGAGGACGCCCUUGUACACGACGCCGUGGCCUCCGCGGCCGAGGACCCGCGCCUCCGCGAAGCCGUCGGUGGCCCUGCCGAUCUCUUCACCUGAGAAGAUGCUGAACGCCACGCCGGAGCUGGCCAGCGAGCCCAGCUGCUGCUGCAGGAGGACGCCGCCGUUCUGCUCGAAGAACCGCCGCUUCGCCUGGAGCAGCCGCCGCUUCUGAACCCACAGGUGCGAGGAGAAGCUCGCCAGCAGCAGCAGCAACACGCCCGCACUGACGCCCGUGACGAUCUUCAGUGGCAAACCGAAUUUGUUGUCGUCGUCUCGGCGGCAGCCAUCCUGUACAGUGGCGUUCCCACUGGACCCAUUGGGACAUGUGCAGAGGAAGCUUCCCGGCGUGUUGACGCACACGCCGUAGCACGGAAACUCGUCCCUGUGCCGGCACUCGUCGACGUCCGUGCAGCCGUCGGUCACGUAUGGGUUGCCCUGGUACCCGCCGGUGCAGUUGCAGACGUACCCGGGGCCGUUGCUGGACUCGAGGCAGACGCUGUGCGCGCUGCGGCACGCGUACGUCUCGCUGUCCCGCUCCGCGGCGGCGCAGCUCGGGGCGUCCCUGAUGGCCCAGUCCAGGACGACGGGCACGGCGAAGUCGCCGGUGCGGUUGAAGUGCGAUCCGGCGAACCAGAACCACCACGCGUCCACCAUGAAAGCGUAGGAGCAGGCGGUGGAGUUGGCCAGGAACGUCGCCUCCUGGUCCCGCCUCCGCCGGCGGCCAAAGCUGCCGAGGUAGGGGCGGUAGGAGUUUAGCCCGAGCGGGAUGGUACUCUGGCAGCAGCCGUCGUCGCCGCGGCACGACCCUGGCAGCGCGCGUUCCGAGGGCCGGCACACGGACAUGCACCCCGUGACGUAGUACCCGUCGCCGUCGUUGAAGUACGUAGGCGAGGCCGGGGCAGCCGAUGGAGAUGAACUUGCUCUUCAUCGACGAGAAGAGGAACGCGCUACCGUUGAGCGCCAUGGGGUGCUCCUGCAGGCUGACGACGCGGCCGUCGGCGUCGCCCGGGCGGUCGUAGCACGCGCGGCUGGCUUUGAGGAGCACGGUGGCCUCGGCCGUCGGCAGCGAGAUGGCGGCGACCUCGUGGCCGUAGCCGGCCACAGUGAGCCGCGGCGGGCGUCCGCGGCCGCCGGCGUCGUCGCACUGGAGCCGGAAGCCCCCCGUGGUCGCGCCGCGGUGGCAGCCCGCACCGAUGCCGAAUGGGUAGGGGACGGUAACGUUGCCGCACUGCCGCCUGCAUCCCCGCACCGGCGGCUGCUGCGACGCCGCACGUGCCAGUGGCAGAAGCGCAGCUGCCAGUGCCAGCCAUGGUAGUAGCCUCAACACUCCGACUGCGUACACCUCCAUUACUCCUCGACCACUCCAGUGGAUUGGUUGGACAGCAACGGCAAUGAAUGAGGUCAAGCGAAGCCAGAUGGAUCCUGGGGGAGAUCAAAUCCAUUGUCGACGCGCACGUCGUCUUGUUCCUCACUACCUAGUGUACAGUUUAGUCAAGUAUUCUACGAAAGCAGUGGCGGCUUCAGGUAGCGCCGGCGAUUACACGGCGUCCGGCGACAUUUAGGCCAUGCCAAACUACGUGCCACGUCGACGCGUUGCCUCCACGAUUGACUUGACCUUGAAGCAGUCUGUCAUCACAGCAAGGCCGGCGAACCAAUCAGUACAUGUCAUCGUGUCACCGGCGCCCGAUCUUCACGGACGAGGGGCCAAUCGGCAGCCGCUGGCUGCGCGCCUUGACGAGGCCGGACGCGCUCCGGCCUACCGCGGUCACCGUGGUCGACGAGCGGCUCCGCGACAGCAAGGAGUUCGGGCUGCCUCUGGAUGGGACGCUGCAGGGCGUCCUCGUCGUCGGCGUGGCUGACAACGGCGGCCAUAUGGUGUCCGUGAAGGCCUCGUUCGCCGGCGACGGCGCGGACGACAGCAUCAGCUUCUUCGGCGUCCGCCGCGACGACCAGGAGGAGUCUCACGUCGCGGUUGUCGGAGGGACGGGGCGGUACACUGGCGCCUCCGGCUUUGCCGUUGUCAGAGCUGCUGGUGUACCAGAAACGAGUGGGAAUAAUAAUGUCAGCCUGAGCAGAGCCCUGAGUUUCAGUGUGCAUCUCAAGUAGAAGGCUGCAGAAUUUGCAGAAACACCUACUGUGUUGCAAAGCUUCGAUGUUUUUGGAAGUCAACUUCUGAUGACAAAUGUAUCCAAAAAACUGCUCAGAUACUGUAUACGAGACUGUUAUUUUUCACU